CAUCUCGGGCAGAGCAUCGGGAGCCGUCAGACAGGCGGGGCUGAGCUGAGCUGAGCUGAGCAAAGAGGCAUCGCAUCGGGAAAAAAAGGGCAGCAGACGAGAGGAGCAACAUCGAGAGACAAACCUCGCCUUGCAAAAGGGGCUUCUUUUCGCGACCACCACGCAAAACAGCUCCGCGUUUUGUUUUGUUUUGGGCGUUUUGCUGCUUUUUGGAGAUUUUCAAGGAGAUUGCAGUCUGAUUGAGACAAAUGCCAUUCAUCCAGAUGCACUGAAUACACAAGUAAUAUUGCAAGCAUUGUCCGAAAUACUAUUGAAAAUUUGCAUAAGUGUCGGAGACUAGAUUACACUGCAUGGCAAAAAUUUGUACAGAAAAACAGAUCUAUACAAAUGGAAGCAAAACUGUCUUCAGCAGUGAUUGAAAUUAAAUAAAAAACAAACACAUCCCUCUCUCCACCCACCCAAAAGAAAAAUACAGUGUGAUGGAAGAUCAAAUGCAAGUAAUCAAAAAUGAACAUACACUGGUUGGUUCUUGUAUUCCUGGAGAACAAAUGGUAGGAUUAGCUCCUUCUUUAGAAAAUAUGGCAGACACUUUUUCUGGGGAUGACAGUUUGCUGAGUGAUGACAUGACCAGCGUCUCUCUCAAGCACAAGUCUUCGAGUUGCCGCAGAAAACGGGAGUUCAUACCUGAUGAGAAAAAGGACGCUUUGUACUGGGAAAAAAGAAGAAAGAAUAAUGAGGCGGCCAAACGUUCUCGUGAGAAACGGCGUUUGAACGAUAUGGUUUUGGAGAACAAAUUAAUGGCCUUGGGUGAAGAGAAUGCACGCUUAAAAUCAGAACUUCUUUCUUUGAAACUGAAAUUUGGUUUAAUAACCGCAGCGUUCUAUGCCCAGGAGAUACAGAAUGUCGGGAAUUCUUCAGGGCCGUGCUUUCAAGAGUACACAGCCUCCAGUAUAAACAGGAUUUCGUUCCCUGCUGACCCCGAACAUAAUUUUAUUGGAAACAGCUGUAUUUCUGUCAUUAAACAUUCAUCACCGAGUUCGUUGUCAGAUAGUUCAGAAAUAUCUUCUAAUACUGGGGAAAGUCCCCUUCUACAAGGUACAUGUAAAAGUCCAAACAGCACCUACAAGGCUGUAAAACAAGAGCCUGUAGAAAUCAAAGUGAACUCAGCUAACUGUUUGAGAGAAUCAAGGGAGGAUAAUAGUUCAUAUGUAGGAACUGUAUACAGGAACUAUAUUGGGAAUACAUUUGGUGGGAAUUACACCCACUCACCACCUUCGCUACAGAUUGCUAGGUCUUCAAGUAGCUCACCAAGAACAUCAGAAACUGAUGAAGGCACAAUGGGAAAAAACACAUCUGAGGAGGAUGGAGAAGAUGAACAAAGAGUACCGAAGGGACCAAUUUCUUCUCCUGUAGAAUCCAAAAUUGUUGUUAAUGCUAUAGUCAAAGUCCCUGAAACAAACUCUUCAGCGCUGCCUCACAAGCUUCGGAUCAAAUCUAGAGCAAUCCAGAUAAAAAUUGAGAACGUUGAGGCAGAUUAUGUAACACGAGAAAAACUAGCAACAUUUGUCAAGGAUAUUUCCACUCCAAGAUCUUAUCCCUUGGACAAUGCAGCAAUGUUUGAAUGCAAUGCUUCAAAGACAGCACAUUCUUCUUUAGCCCCUUUGUCUGUUCAGGUUGCAAGCAUCAAUGACUGGUCUCACAAACCAGAACACUGGCGUCCAAAGGAGAGUGAGGAGAAAUUGGAAGAGGGAUAUAAAAAUAUUCUUGCGUCAUGUUCUCCUGUUGCACUAACAAACAAACCCUUUGCUGUUAUCAAGGACUCUGCCUGCAAUAACGUCCAUCAAGGAAUACACUUUGAAUCAGAGAACUUGUACUUGAAACAGGGUAUUGCAAAUUUAAGUGCAGAAGUUGCUUCACUGAAAAAACUAAUAGAAAAGCAGCAAGCUGCUGCCUCGGACUCUGCUAAAAGCACUACUGAGAAAAGAUUUGCUGAUUAAAACUUGCCAAUUGAUGUAGAGUAGUACGUUUUCUAUUAUGCUAAGUUUCACUGGAAUUGUUUUGUCAUUUCACUGUAGUUAAAUUGUGACUUCUUGCAAAAUGUUCAUGUAUUGUCUGAAUUGUACAUUAUGAAUCUUGUCUUUUGUGGGCUCAGUGAUAUAUAUAGGUUUUACUGUCUGAUUACAUUCAUGCCUGUAAUUUCAAACUCAUGAUACAAGGUAAUGGAUGAAUCUUCCAUCGGAUAUUGGAAAGUGAAAUGUCAGAUACAACAAAUUAAACAGUUGAUGAGUAUGAGACUUUGUUUGAUCUUUUUAUUGUCUGUUCAGCAAAAUGACAAAAACCUGAGUUUAGCUUUUAUGUGGUCGAUUGUAACCAGUGGCUUCAAUACUAUUAAAGCAACCAGGGCAGGUGGUUUGACUGGAAACACCCUCAAUAAAAGUGUUU